AUGGAGGAACCUGCGACCAGAGAGUUGGACAUGUCGCUGUCAGACGGAGCCUCAGACGAUGAGCUGCCCAUGACGCUGCCCACAGAGGGGAGCAUCCGGAAGGGCUGCGAUCCCUUCGCCCAGACCCAGCGCAGCAAGCUGCAGCACCGACGAGCUCGCAUCAACCAGCAGAUCAACAAGGAGAUGCGCAUGAGGGCCGGAGCAGAGAACCUGUUCAGGGCGACGACCAACAACAAGGUGAGGGAGACCGUUGCUAUGGAGCUCAGCUUCGUCAACUCCAACCUGCAGCUGCUGAAGGAAGAACUGGAGGAGCUCAACAGCAACAUGGAGGCGUACCAGACCGACAGUGAGGCUGUCAACGUUCCCAUGAUCCCUCUCGGCCUAAAGGAAACCAAAGAGGUGGACUUCACAGUUUCCAUCCAGGACUUCAUCUGCGAGCACUACGGAGAGGACAGCUCUCUGUACGACCAGGAGAUCAGAGAGCUUAUGGAGCUCAGACAGGCCAUGCGGACUCCCAGUCGGAACCAGGCCGGGCUGGAGCUGCUGAUGGAGUACUACAACCAGCUGUACUACCUGGACCAGCGCUUCUUUCCUCCACUCAGGAACCUCGGAGUCCACUUCCACUGGUACGACUCUCUGACCGGCGUCCCCUCCUGUCAGCGAGCGCUGGCCUUCGAGAAAGGAAGCGUGUUGUUCAACAUCGGCGCCUUGUUCACGCAGAUCGGAGCGCGGCAGGACCGCUCUGCAGCCGCUGGGAUCGACCGGGCGAUCGAUGCCUUCCAGAGAGCCGCAGGUGCAUUUAAUUACCUGAAGGAGAAUUUCUCCAACGCUCCGAGUCUGGACAUGAGCGGCCCGUCGCUUUGCAUGCUGGUCCGGCUGAUGGUCGCCCAGGUGCAGGAGUGCAUCUUCGAGCGCGUCACGCUCACGACGCGAGACGCACACUUCACGUCCCAGCUCCGCCUCGCACAGGAAGCUGCUCGGGUGUCGGACGUCUACCUGUUGGUGCAGCAGACCAUGACUCAGCCUCUGAUGAAGGACUACGUCCCUUUCUCGUGGGCGUCCAUGGUUCAGGUCAAAUCUGAACACUUCCGCGCUCUCUCUCACUACUACACUGCUGUCGCACUCUGUGACCACAUGUCGUCUGCUGAGGAAGAGGAGAAGGAGGAGAGGCAGCAGCAGCAGCACGAGGAAGCAGAGACGGCUUUCCUCCAGUUCUACGUCAGCGCUCCUGUCGGACCCUCACUCAGCCUCAUUCUACGAGACCCUGAGAAGAGACGGAAGCUCGGUAAAGCUCACCUGCGGCGUGCGGUGAUCCGACACGAGGAGGCCAUGCGUGUCCACGGCCUGUGUAAGAUCCUGAGGAAGAUGGACAUCCUGCAGGACGUCUUGUCCCUCACACACAAACGCUCUUUGGACAAAUACUCAGAGCUGGACAGAGAGGACGACUUUGACGAAACCGCAGAGGCUCCAGAGAUUCAGUCUCAAACUCACCAGAAACCAGACAUCACUCCAACCAACUUCUCCACAGUCCAAGUCACUGACAUCUUCCAGAGACUGGGGCCUCUGUCGGUGUUCUGUGCUCGUGCUCGCUGGGGCCCGGUGCGACUCGUCAGCCUGCAGAGGAGAGAGGGGGGGCUGGGCCUCACGCUGAGAGGAGACUCCCCCGUCCUGGUGGCCGGAGUGGUGCCCGGAGGCUGUGCAGCGGAGGCCGGCCUCAGGGAAGGAGACUACAUCGUGGCCGUGGACGGUGACGACUGUAAAUGGGCCAAACACAGCGAGGUGGUCCAGAUGCUGAAGAGCUGCAGCGACCGGAGGGUGGAGCUCAGCGUGGUCACGCUACACUCACAUGACACACAGCAGGUGGAGAGGAGGGCCGUCAUGCUGUCCCACGGCAGCGACAAAGAAAACGCCCGGCAGCGUCUGCUGGGUGGGGCUAAGGGCCAGAGCUCCGCCUCCCUACUGAACUGGAACAGGAAGAAGAAGAGAGAGGGCGACGGCGUCUCCAAGAGACUGGGAAGCACUUUCAGUUUGUCGUUCGGCAGCAUCAGAGACACGGAGGCCAUGUACUGAGACGUGACCUCAGAGGAUCCACUCAGGGAGUCACAGCAGCGAGCACACGGUACCACGGAGGCGGAGCUUAGGAGCCGGAGCAGGAACUGUUUCCUGUCGCCUCACACUUUGCUGUAGCACAGGUUGAUGCGUCUGGCAACUUUGUCGGCCGAUCAAACACACGGAUGGAAACGUACCAGGUAGAAAACCUUGUAGCAUGUAGCAUUGUGCUAAUCACUGUGCAGCACUGAUGUGUUCCAAGCUGGAUUAAACACGAGGGGGCGUGGCUAGAAGACGCAGCGAGGUGGACUUGAUAAUAAGAGGGAAGAGUUUUGCCACAAACUUUUCCACAGUCUCAUCUAAAGACUAAACACGUCUGCAGUUACUCUUCUCUCUCU